GGGCGAGGCCGGCGGCCGGGCGGGCGAGCGGCAUUCGAGGCGGGCAGGGCUGCUGAGCGCGCGCGCGGGCUUUUCCUCAGGGCGUCACGCGACGGGGGACCCGGCGGAGCGCCCAGGUGCCAACUUGCUCACCGGCUCCACCAACGUCCCUUCCCGCUCUCCUCAGAAGCAGCCCGGCAGCAGCGGCCGCACCACCGCACGGUAAUCAUGAGUGAUCGAAAGGCUGUGAUCAAAAAUGCAGAUAUGUCUGAGGAGAUGCAGCAGGACUCUGUGGAGUGUGCUACACAGGCCUUGGAAAAAUAUAACAUUGAGAAAGAUAUUGCUGCUCACAUAAAGAAGGAGUUUGACAAGAAAUACAAUCCUACUUGGCACUGCAUUGUGGGAAGAAAUUUUGGCAGCUAUGUGACUCACGAGACCAAACACUUCAUCUACUUUUACCUGGGUCAAGUUGCUAUUCUCCUUUUCAAAUCUGGUUAGAAGUAUGGGACCUUUUCACCCAAAUAUGCAUUCGGUUACAGGACUGCACGCUAAUUCCAAAUAGACUGAAGUCUUCAGCCUUCCCCAGGGAACAUACUUUGAUCUUCAAGCCUUUUGUUUUAAUGAUAGGUACUCCUAUGUACCAAUUUGUGUUUUUGUUGUGGCCAUAAAAAAUAGCAAAAAAGUAAGCUUGUAUGUAUUUUUUUUCUAAAACAAUCCAUCCAAGUUUUCUAAUAAAACCGUUGGGUAUUUAUCCUUUAA